CGGCUCCCUUUGUCAACUACAUAGUUAUUACAUUCCCUUUUUAAGAUUGUCAAUCAGUCCAAAAGAAUAGUAAGCAAAAUCAAUAAUUUCUCCUUUUAGUGUCUCAUCGUCUCUGUUUUGCUCCUUCUCCUCAUUUCCCUCGCCACCGUUCUCCUCCCGAACCACCGUUCUCUCAGCCUCGUCUCUUGUGGUCUAGAAUAGACUAAAAGAUAUUUUUGGACCUUGGUGGGUAGUUGGGGGCUAUUACGUAAGAGUCUGAAAAUAAUUUGGAUAGAAUGACGAUUCUCUUUGUGUGUUACAAGCAGCAGCCAGCAGUGAGUCAGGAGAGUGAAAACAUGACAAGUAAAGAAGAUGGGCAAGAUCCGAGACUCCCUAAGAUAGCUUCUUCCAUUAGAGUCAUCCCCGACUUCCCUAAACCAGGGAUCAUGUUUCAGGACAUAACGACGCUUCUUUUGGACACUGAGGCCUUUAAGGAUACCAUUGACAUUUUUGUUGAAAGAUACAAAGGCAAAGGCAUCUCUGUUGUUGCAGGUGUUGAAGCUAGAGGUUUCAUUUUUGGACCUCCUAUUGCGUUGGCUAUUGGUGCCAAAUUUGUUCCCAUGAGGAAGCCCAAAAAGUUGCCUGGGAAGGUGUUCUCGGAGGAGUAUUCAUUGGAGUAUGGAACAGAUAAGAUUGAGAUGCAUGUAGGUGCAGUAGAGCCAGGUGAGCGUGCUAUCAUCAUAGAUGACCUCAUUGCCACGGGUGGGACUCUCUCUGCUGCAAUCCGACUUCUUGAGAGAGUAGGAGUGAAGAUAGUGGAGUGUGCAUGCGUGAUUGAGUUACCAGAGCUGAAGGGAAGGGACAAACUUGGAGAGACGCCUCUGUUUAUUCUUGUUACCUCCGAUGCUGCUUAACAAUGAAAAAACCUCAAGGAAGUAAUGGAGUUUAUUGAAUAUCCAAAAAAAAAAAUGUUAUAUUUUAAAAAAUUUGAUCCACUAUGUUGUUUUCAACUUAUCAUAACUGGCUCAGGCUAAGAAAUUGCCAUUUUUCAUGCCUGGAUCAUUCGAUUGUUUCCCAUCUAUACAAAAAAUUU